GCCAUUACCAAAAAGUCUCAGUUAAUAACUUGUAAGCAGUCACCAUACGCGAUUCCCUCCUUCUUCUUCCUCCUCUUCAACGCACACCUCUAUGGCGCAAAACAGUCCGGCUCCAGCAGAUCUGGUCCUCGGGAUAUCUUCGAAAGUUCAAUACGAUCCGUUGAUGGCACCAAUUCCCGGCAGACCUCGUGUCCCGACGGAUCCUUCCUCCGCCACGCCGCUCCAACCAGAGCGGCGAGGUUUUGUGUAAACAAUGGGCCUUAAUUUUGGUUCAGUAAGGCCCAAAAUUAAGAGGCCCAAUAGACUCGGCUAUAUUACGUCGUCUUCGUCUUCAUUCUGUUUCUUCCCCCCCUUGCUUGCGACUUACGAGAUCGAUACACUGAAACAGAGAAGUGAACAAGGGUUUAGAGAAGCAUGUCUGGGUCUGGCUUUAGGGAUCUACCUAGCGAUCUUGUUCGAAAAGUCGUUUCUUUUAGUUCAGCAAAAGCUUCUGCCUUCCACAAGACUCUUGCUUUUGAGUACCGUAAUCUUUUUGACAUCAUCCCUUCUCUCCAAUUCACGAACAUUCAUGGAGAUGCCGAAGGAGAUGACUUCGUCGAGUUCGUGGCAAGAAUCUCUCUUCUGGAUGCCACAACUCGUAUCAACGAAGUUGUCAUCGAGUAUGAUGUUCCAUCUGAUGUUUGUCAAGAUCAUCUGAAUAGGUUGGGUUCUUUUCUUGAUGAAGUUGCUCGCCGAGGUAUCACAAAGUUAAGAAUCAGAAUCAAGGCUGAUUCCAAUACGUUUCCUUGUGAAAUAUUCAACGCAAAGACCAUGAGAAACUUGGAGAUAGGCGAAAAUUUGAGAGUUACGAGCCUCCCUCAGAAUGCUUCUUUCCCCAUGCUCGACAGCCUCAAGCUUCACUCUGUUCAGUUUGACACUCCUCCAGGUCAGACCUGUGUCUUCAAAAAGCUUUUCUCUGCUUGCCCUGUUUUGGACUCAUUGGAUAUUCAUGAUGUGAAAUGGGGCCUCUGGAAGUGGGGAGGAGAAAUCGCUAGUCCAAGCCUUAGUGUGCUUUGGAUUGUUAACACUGAUACUGCUCUUGCUAAUGAUGACCAUACACGCUUAGUUUUCAACACUCCAAAGCUUGAACUCUUGUAUUACCGUGAUUAUGUUCCCCAUAGCUAUGGUGUUGUACACUUGGAGUCACUGAUUAUAGCUCAGCUCUCUUUGCAUCUGAGGAUGAACCAAGCAUUUGAUGCUACCAGACUUAUUCAAGGGCUGAGUAAUGUGACAACUUUGAAACUGUGGUCUGCAGACACUCUCACGGUCUUUAGUCUCUUUAGACACGCAAUACCAAUGUUUCCAAACCUGACUGAAUUGGAAGUAAACCCUGGCAACGGUCAAGAAUGUUGGGAUUUCUUCCCGGCAUUGAUGGAUAAGUCUCCGAAGGUCAAGAUCUUCUCGCUCACCGGGUACCUUCAUCAAGCGGGCUGCCAAUGUCUGAAAGGUUACAGCUUCUUACGUAACUCAAACCUGGAAGAGGUUUAUCUACAAAUAUAUGACCGUAAUUGCUUGUCCGGAAUCUCUCAUUUCCUUAAGAAAUGUUCAUGCUUGCGACUUAUGGAGAUCACUUCUGAGAUUGAGGAAGGAAAAGAACGUAAUCGCAUGGUCAGAGAUUUGAAACGAAUGUACAAGAAGUCAGAUGGAUGCAUUGUGAGGUUUGGAGCGGCAACUAUAUGAUAAUUGAUAUUGAAAACACUCUUUUGUUUGUCUUUCUUAUGUGAUUACUUUGAACUUUUGACUCGUGACAUUUGUACUCUAGAUGAAAGCUUAUGACAUUUGUACUCAAGAUGAGUUUCAGGAGUCUGAACGGUCUUUAAAUAUUAGAAUGAAAUAUUGGAUUUCUGAUAAUUGUUUUCUGCGUUGUCAACGGUAAUAUUGGGUUUUAAAAUAUAUAUUCUUGAUUUGGAGUAAGAAGAUUCUCAUCAAAGUUACAAAAAAAAAAAAAAAAAAAAA